AUGCCACCACCAUCCCAAACCAUGCAAAUGCAACUGCCCCUACGCCUCAAGCCCAGACUUGGAUCAAAACCCACCUCUCACAAACUCCCUAUCAAGUCCAAACCCAAACCCAAACCCAAACAGCUCACCAUGUGCUCAACAGUCCACUUCGCCUACCGCUGCGGCUGCACCCACACCACCACCUUCGAGUGCCCGGAUACCGCAUCCACGUUCUCCAGCCUAGCUGCUAACCCCCACUCCCGUCGGAACCGUCCCCGUCGACGUCGUCGGUGCUACGGCCCCAAGAGCACACCUACUAUUACGCCGCUAGACGAAGACUGCUACGACUGCGCGCAGAAGCGGGAGAAGGCGGGGGGACGAACUACUUCUUUCGGAGAUAGUGAUGUUUCUUCCUUCUCUCUGUCAACGGACGCAGACGCAGAUACGGAGACGGAAUUAGAUACAGACACAUCAAUGGCAGUGUCGACAUCGACAUCAACAUCGACAACGACAUCCAUAUCGUCAACCCCAUCAACACGCGCCUCAUCACCCCUCGACAUGUCCAUUCUCAAAGAGCGCGAUCCCAAUCUACCGACCAAAUGUCCGCUCAUCUCGAUUCUAGACCUAGACUUAGACCUGCGCAUGCAGCUGAUAGAUCUGGAUCUGCUCGAGCCGCUGGAUGGCUUUUAA